AUGCCUAGAGGCGCAAAAUCGAGGCGUUUGCAAACUAGGGAUUGGGAGGACGAUGAGCUGGGGACAUUACGAGACGAAUCGCGAGAACGUGAGAAAGCAAGGCUGAGGUUUGAAGUCGCGGAAGCCGAGACCAAGUUAAGGGAAGCAGAACUCAGGGCAAGGAAAGCAGAACUCGGGGCGAGGAAAGCUGAGGCCAAGCUGAGGACAGCGGAAACCGAGGCCGAGCUGAGGACAGCAGAGGCCGAGGUCAAGGUGAGGAAAGCAGAGGCCAAGUUGAGGGAAGCAGAACGCAUAUUAGAGCAAGAAAGACGGCUCUUUGAGGCGCGGAGCUCGGCAGGUCGGGUUGUCAAGAGGAAAUUAGACAAUCCGGGGCACCAGGGAUGGAGCAAGCUUGCAGAAGUAGCUAAGGUCACAGAGAAGUUUGGGGAGGUGUCAGGUAGUAGGUUGGCCAGUAACAGCGAGGAGGUUAGAAAGCGACAGGACUUUCAGAGAGGAAUGAUGAGGAAACCCAUUCCCUCGACACAGAGUUCGGUCAAACGGACCCCCAAGGCUAGUUGUAGUGCCUGUGGCAGGGCUGGGCAUUGGAGGAGAGCUUGUCCUAAGCGGAAGGCAUCCAAUGAGUCCAAACGGGCACGGCUAGUAACUACGAACAAGACAUCCCAAAAAGACGAACUUCCGGUAGUGAGGAUAACGACGUGUGACCAACCAAAGGUCAAGGAGGCGCCAAAAAGAAUCAAGCCGGUAGGCGACAGAAAUAGUCUUUUGGCUAUGGUCGAUUCUGGGGAUGAGAUUUCGGUCGUAAGGGAAUCAUUGGUGGCGGAAACGAAGGGGGAAAUCCAACAGGUUGGAUCCUUCGGUCACCGGAUUGAUUCGGUAACGAUCCCGAUAGGGCUGUGGGAGGAAGACCUCACAGGAUCGUGUGAGCCGGCGAUGGUGACUUGUGUCGUAACAGACAAGUUACACCAACCCACGGACGCUCUAGCAUCAGAAGGGGAUCACCGGAUGUUAUUAGACCGAAAGCAGAAGCUCCAGGGAAAGGGAGAAAGACAGGCGAGGAGCUUAAGGGUAGAUGGUAACAGAAACCAUCAGGAAAAGGAGCCAGAACCUCUCUCAGAGGCGGGAUGCAGUGAAAAUAGCGACGAAAAUGAGAAAGAAACAGAAGUACGAGACGCUCAAGUCCGGGACGAGUCACUUUCUCGGUUGGGGAAGGUCGUUAAGUAUAAGAAAGAUGGGCUAGUUGUAGAGGACGAGAUACUAUAUCGGCAAGAUAGUUCGUUCGGCAGGCCCAUUAAGCAGAUAGUUGUUCCCCAAGAUCGGAGAGCGAAAGUGUUAGAUUUAGCACACAAAACUCCGUGCGGUGGACAGUUUGGCAGUCGGAAGUUAGCAAGUCAUGUUCGCGAGGGCUUCCAUUGGCCGGGAAUGGCGACCGACAUCCGGAAGUACUGCCAGGAUACUCGUAGGUGCUUAGUAAGAGCGCCUGAUCUAGUCCUAGAUAUGACCCCAGCUACACCACUUACUCGAUUCUCAACCCCGUUUCAAGUGGUUAACAUAGGUGUUGAUCCCUUGUCAGCUAACGGUCUUCGAUACGCAGUUAGCAUAAUCGGAUUAUGCACCCGAUGGUCAGAAGUGGAAAGGAUGAGAUCGUUGUCAGCGAUGGUCACUUGUUCGGUAUUCAUGCGAUUCUUUACGCGGACGGGUUGUCCCAAACUGAUGUGGUAUGAUCAGGGGACAAAUUGCUCCGCAGGGUUGACGCGUGAAAUGACCCGUAUGUUAGAAGUAGGGAAUGUAGAGAGGGAUCGGAUCAAAGCGGUCCACGAUAUUGCAACUAAGCAUACGGACGUAAAACGAGAAGAGUAUGCAGUGCCUUACAACGUGGAAGCACGGCAAAAGGGAUAUAACAUCGGAGAUAAGGUUCUCGUGGAAAAGUCUUUCCCAGAUUACAAAUUGGAUGUCCGGUGGGAAUGGCCUGAUGUAGAAGAAAAGCGAGGACGUAAAGGAAACUACCAUAUAAGAGCUGAAGACGGGAGAGUUAACUGGGAUGAAAUAGAUAGUCUCAGGGAGUACCGUAAGCGAACUUUUGCUGUACGAAUAGUACUUAGUUCCGACGGGAAAUUCGGGGAACUGGUUCAAACUCUGUCCUCGCGGCAGCUGUACGAUCGCGGACGAUGGGACGGGAGAGAAAGGGGAGUUCCUCCGCUUCCCCCGACGUCGGCACAGACCGAGCUGGAUGACGUGCUGGAAGAUUACAACUCGGUUUUCGGUAGUAAACCAAAGAAGAAAAACAUCUGGACACUUACUGGAGGGUGGAUCCCGAAACGGUUUACCCCAUACCGGAUUUUGCUAGCUUUACGAAAGCGGUUAUUAGGCAUUGGUAACAAAGGCAUCUCUGCGCGUAGAUGGGUGGUCUGGGCAUCAUCAAUAAAGUGA